AUGACAAGUCGCCCCAGAACCAACAUUAACAAAGAUUCAAAGAAUCAACUAUCACAUAAUAAUAAUGUGUCAACACACAAUCCUCUCAACGGAAUAAAGGCUGGUGAUUUCGAUCCACAUAAGGUGAUCAAAGUUACUGCUACCGACGGAAAAAGAGCUGAAGAUUUCGAGCUGGCUUACAAUGUUACAAAAAUAAUUGGUAACGGUUCUUUCGGUGUAGUAUUUCAAGCAAGAAUAAUUGACAAUAGUGAAGAUGUUGCCAUUAAAAAGGUUUUACAGGAUAAACGUUUCAAGCCUCAGAAUUUAUUACUGAAUCCGGCCUCAGGUGUAUUAAAAUUAUGUGAUUUCGGAAGUGCAAAGAUUUUAGUGCAUGGUGAACCAAAUGUUUCUUAUAUUUGUUCCAGAUACUACAGAGCACCAGAGUUGAUCUUUGGAGCAACAAAUUACACAACAAAUAUUGAUGUUUGGUCAACAGGUUGUGUUAUGGCUGAAUUAAUGUUAGGUCAACCUUUAUUCCCGGGUGAAAGUGGUAUCGAUCAAUUGGUUGAAAUUAUUAAAGUUCUUGGAACACCAACAAGAGAACAAAUUAAAACUAUGAAUCCAAACUACAUGGAACACAGGUUCCCUCAAAUAAAACCACAUCCAUUUGCAAAGGUCUUCCGUGCUAGAACACCGCCAGAAGCUAUUGAUCUCAUAUCCCGUCUUUUAGAAUAUACUCCAUCCAAUCGAUUAACUGCGAUUGAAGCCAUGUGUCACCCAUUUUUUGAUGAACUUCGAAACCCUGAAACAAGGCUUCCAAAUGGAAAAGAUUUACCGAGACUUUUUGAUUUCACACCACAAGAAUUAUCAAUUCGACAUGAUCUUAUUCAUCAACUAGCACCACCGCAUGCAGAAGCCGAACUUUCUCGUAGAGGAAUUGAUGUUCACAAUUUCCAACCACUACCACAGAGUCAAAUGCGAGCAACAUUGGAUUGA